CGUUGCGGGCCCCCUCCCUAAUCCCUUAGUUCUCCUGCUCCGAUUGGGAAGUCUGGUCAUGCAUUCAGUGACAUUCAGGGAUGUGUCCGUGGACUUCUCCCUAGAAGAAUGGAGAUACCUGAGCCCGGCCCAGAGGGACCUGUACAGGAACGUGAUGCUGGAGAACUAUGAGAACCUGGUGUUUGUGGGGCUUCCAGUGUCCAAAUCUGAAGUGAUUUCCCAGUUGGAAAGAGGAGAAGCACCAUGGAUGCCCAAGGCAGGAGUCCCCAGAGGCCCCUGCCCAGAUUACCUGAGUUGGGACACUAGGUGUGAAACCAAGGACUCGGUUCAGACUGAGGUUAUUCACUCAGAAACAUUGGCCCAAGAAAGAUUGCCAGUGGAUAGUAGCUGGUAUCUCAAACUGGGAGAAUCUGAGGAAUGGGAAGUUAGCUUAGAGAAACUGCAGGGCUACCAGGAGAGACAAUCCCGGCAAGUAACAAUGAUUCCCAAAAGAACUUUUAAUAUGGUGAGUGGACCUGAAUGUAGCACAUUUAUUAGAGGUUUUAACCUGAGCUCACUCCUUUUUCCACAUUGGAGAGGUGACAUGGAAGAAAGAUUCCAUAAAUAUCAUACACUUGGAAAAAAAGCCUUUGGCAAGAGAUUAAAUCUUAACGUACAGCAGAAAGUUCAUACUGGAGAAAAUCCCUCUGAAUGUGAUACAUGUUGGAGAACCUUCAGGAACAGGGAAACACUUAGUAAACAUCAGAGAACUCACACUGGAGUGAAAUUAUUUGAAUUUAGUGAAUGUGGGAAAGGCUUCAGUGAAGAGGUAAUGCUUAUUGGACAUCAGAAAUCUUCUGGAGUGAAACCUUUUCAAUGUAGUGAAUGUGGGAAAGCCUUUUGUGGGAAGGCUUACCUUAUUAUCCAUGAGAGAACUCAUACUGGAAUGAAACCCUUUGAAUGUGAUAAAUGUGGGAAAGCCUUCAUUCGGAAGGAAUACCUUAUUAGCCAUCAGAGAACUCACAGUGGAGUGAAACCCUUUCAGUGUAAUGAAUGUGGAAAAGCCUAUAGUCAGAAGGGAAACCUUAUAAGCCAUCAGAGAAUUCACACUGGAGUGAAACCAUUUGAAUGUAAUGAAUGUGGAAAAGCUUUCAAUCAGAAGGGGUACCUUAUUAGCCAUCAGAGAACUCAUUCUGGACUGAAACCCUUUGAAUGUAAAGAAUGUGGGAAAGCCUUCACUGCUAAGAGAACCCUUAUUAGCCAUCAGAGAAUUCAUACUGGAGUGAAACCUUUUGGAUGUACUGAGUGUGGGAAAGCCUUCAGUGAGAGGGGUACUCUCAUUAGCCAUCAAAGAACUCAUACUGGAGUGAAACCUUUUGAAUGUAAUGAGUGUGGGAAAGCCUUCCUUCGGAAGGGUCACCUUAAUAGCCAUCAGAGAACUCACACAGGAGUGAAACCUUUUGGAUGUAAAGAAUGUGGGAAAGCCUUCACUCAGAAGGGACACCUCGUCAGCCAUCAGAGAAUUCAUACUGGAAUGAAACCCUUUGGAUGUAAUGAAUGUGGGAAAGCCUUCAGGCAAUGGGGAACUCUUAGUAAUCAUCAGCGAACUCAUACUGCAAUUAAAACUUUUAUAUGUAAUAAAUGUGGGAAGACUUUCAGUGAGAGGAGCAUUCUUACAAAGCAUCAAAAAACUCAUAGUAGAUUGAAUGAAAUGAAUGUGGGCACAUGUUUGGCUAGAGAGAAAAAUUUUCUAAUGUAAGAGGAUUCAUAUUGGGGGAAACCAUUUGCAAGUAAAUAUGCAUACGUAAUUAUUUAAAUGUAAUA